CAAUAAUGCACAUGCGCGAAAGGACAAUAUAUGCCUAACAAGGAAAAUAUAUAUGUAUGAGUGACACGUUCAGCAACAGUAGGUGCAUGACAGGGUUUUGAGUAUUCUUGACUCUUUCUGAAAUUGCAACAUUUUACAGAACUGAUGGAUUCACCAAAAGCUCGCCAGAGUUACACUAGCCGGCUAUCGAGUAACAGCAGAACGGACCUAAAUGCCUCACCUGACUUUAGCAACGUCCCUCCUGAACACCUUAAAUACCGAUCUCCACUCGUGUCCAGAUACGCUGGUCCAGAGAUGGCCUACAACUUCAGUGAAAUGAAGAAAUUUUCCACGUGGCGAAGACUUUGGACAUGGUUAGCCAAAGGUGAAAGGCACCUGGGACUAGACAUCACAGAGGAGCAGAUUUCUCAAAUGGAACAGAACAUCAAUAACAUAGACUUCGAACGAGCUACGCAGGAAGAGAAACGUGUACGACAUGAUGUCAUGGCGCACGUGAUUACCUUUGGCACGUGCUGUCCUUCUGCCGCUCCCAUCAUCCACCUGGGUGCCACCUCCGCCUACGUCGGCGACAACACCGACCUGAUUGUGAUGAGGGAUGGUUUCGACAUCUUAUUACCUAAACUUGCUCGAUGCAUACAGAGACUGUCCGUAUUUGCUGAAGAAUACAAAGGUCAACCGUGUUUGGCAUAUACUCAUUUACAACCGGCCCAACUGACCACUGUUGGUAAAAGAGCGUGCGUUUGGGUACAAGACCUUCUCAUGGACAUACGAAACUUGGAGACAGCCCGAAACAACAUCCGGUUUAGAGGUGUCAAGGGGACCACUGGUACACAGGCCAGCUUUUUAGCACUGUUUGAAGGCAGUGAUGAAAAGGUCGAAAUAUUGGACAAAUUAGUUACGGAAGCUGCUGGCUUUAAAAAAAAUUUCCUAAUCUGUGGUCAGACUUACAGCAGGAAGGUGGAUGUUGACUGUUUGAGUACACUAGCCAGUAUGGGGGCGUCUGUACACAAGAUAUGUACAGAUAUUCGACUAUUAGCAAGUUUUAAAGAAGUCGAGGAACCAUUCGAAAAGGAGCAAACAGCAUCUGGUACCAUGUCCUACAAGCGUAACCCUAUGAGGAGCGAGCGUUGCUGUGCGCUGGCCCGUCACCUGAUGUGUCUGAUCCAGGAUCCGCUAAUGACAGCCUCGGUUCAGUGGAUGGAACGCACACUCGACGACAGCGCAAAUAGGAGAGUAUGUUUGGCAGAGGCCUUCCUUACGGCUGACAUUGUUCUAAGUACGUUACACAACAUAUCGGAGGGGUUGGUGGUCUACCCGAAGGUGAUAGAGAGGCGUAUCAGCCAAGAACUGCCAUUCAUGGCUACGGACGCAAUACUCAAGGCGAUGAUCAGGGCUGGUGGAAACAGACAGGAAUGUCACGAGAAGAUCCGAAGUUUGUCCCAGGAAUCCGCACUUGUCGUCAAACACCAAGGUGGGGAAAACGACUUCCUGGAACGUCUGAGAAAAUCGUCCUUCUUUUACCCCAUUCACAACAACAUUGACGAAAUUUUGGAUCCAAAGAAUUUCAUCGGUCGAGCAACUAAUCAGGUCAGCAAAUUCCUGGAGGAAGAGGUGAAACCAAGCAUAUUGACAUACGCAAACAUUAUGGAUGCUAUCGCAGAACUGGAUCUCUAACAUUUGAAUGCAUUCAUGAAAAAAAAACACUCAAUGUUCGCGUAUACCUAUUUUCCUGUUUGCUCUUUCGACAACAUAUUCGCAAGGAUUUCGUUCACGAAAGGAAAACCAACAGCACUUUGAUUGCACUUAAGUCUACUCUUCGCAAUAAGUCUCAAUCUUAGAAAUAUAAAUAUGUUAAAUAUUGGAAUGUAAAUAGAAAUUGCAAAUCUUGGGAAUUAAUAUAAAUCUUAGAAAUAACCCCACAUCUUUAGAACAUGUCUCAGUUUGGUGAUUGUCCACGUGGGCAAUAUUCACAAAUAUGGAAUGGCACAUUUUGAUAAUCAAUCUAACAGUAAAGCUACAUUAAAAGUUUGACUUAAAUCUAUGAUCAAAUGGCGAUGAGUAUGUAUACUUUACCGUAUGACAAGAUAUCAUGUUACCUUUGUCUAACAAGACAUUUUCUCAUCUGACCAGUGUUGACGG